GGGCAAUCCUGCAGCCUAAUCCAGAGUGAGGAGGAUGCGGAGCUGGGGCGACCUCCGAUAAACUACUCCCGACCACGAACACUUUUGUUUAUUCGACCUUCAAAGUGACCUUUUUCCAGCGUGCAGCCUCCCGGUGUAUCGGGGUUUCCUCCUGGGCCAAGUCGGCAGACAUUACGUGGGGACAAUGGAAUCUAACGUGAAUCUCUCGGACAGUAUCCGCCCUCCGCGGCUGCAGCCGGGGAUCGGGUUCGGAGUGGGAUCCACGGGGACCCUGCGGUCGUCCCUCCGGCCCGGGGUGACGGUGCCCAUCGCCCCGCUGCUGGCCCCGUCCUGCUCGGCUCCGCCGCCGCCGCCGCCGCUGCAGCUGCACAGCCUGUACGGCGGCGGCGCGGGGCUGGGGCCGGUGGGGCCGGGUGGGCCCCCCGGGGGCCCCCCGGGCAACCCGGCCGUGCUGCGGGAGGCGGUGGAGGCGGUGGUGCGGAGCUUCGCCAAGCACACGCAGGGAUACGGCAGAGUGAACGUGGUGGAGGCGCUGCAGGAGUUCUGGCAGAUGAAGCUGACCCGAGGGGCCGACCUGCGGAACGGUGCACUGGUCGUCUAUGAAAUGGUCCCGUCCAACAGCCCUCCGUACGUGUGUUACGUCAGCCUCCCGGGCGGCAGCUGCUUCGGGAGUUUCCAGUUCUGUCCAACGAAGGCGGAAGCGAGGCGCAGCGCUGCCAAGAUUGCCCUGAUGAACUCUGUUUUCAACGAACACCCCUCUCGCCGGAUUACGGACGACUUCAUCGAGAAGAGCGUGAGUGAGGCGCUGGCGUCCUUCAACGGAAACAGAGAGGAGGCCGACAACCCCAACACAGGGAUCGGCGCGUUUCGCUUCAUGCUCGAGUCCAACAAAGGAAAGUCCAUGCUGGAGUUCCAGGAGCUGAUGACUGUGUUCCAGCUGCUGCACUGGAACGGAAGCCUGAAAGCUAUGAGAGAGCGACAGUGUUCCCGACAGGAGGUGCUGGCCCACUACUCCCACCGGGCCCUGGACGACGACAUGCGCACGCAGAUGGCGGCCGACUGGGUGAACCGGGAACAGAGCGUGGCGGCCACCGUGGGCCAGGAGCUGGCCAACACGGAGCGAGAGCUGGAGGACGCCAGGCUGGCGGGCCGAGAACUGCGUUUUUACAAAGAGAAGAAAGACAUCCUCAUGUUGGCCGUGGGUCAGCUCAGCACAGCCAACGCCGCCACCCUGCCCUCGCACUAGCGCCUGCGGGAAACACGCCGUCAUCACUCCACAGGAUUCUGGGUAACAGUGUUGAUCGUUUGUAUGAACUGUUCCGUUUUUGUUUUCGUACAAAGAUAAUUAGGCCUUGACGUCCUUCUUGCCUCGAACAUAACUACCCAUAAAACAAAGACUUAAAACACUAUAGCCGUUACCUCUUUGUGCCUCGUGAUCACAAGAUGCUUUUAUUUAAACAUUUGUCUUUUGUAUCCGACACGGAGACGGACUUUUCUCAUGAUUUCACAUUGCAUUUUCUCAAAACAGACUUCAAGAAACAAGGUCUUAUUUUGAUCAAUGAAUGUAGGGGACGUACGGUAAUGUGACCCAGCAACCCCAGCGUGCACCGAGUUUAAAGGAAGUGUGUCUUAAAGGUUUGACCCUCAUGAUUGUUUUUGCAGUGGGGGGGUCCUCAACAGUAUCCUGAUCAUUUCAUCAGCAUGUGAAAAACCUCAAACAAACCUAGAAUUUUAACCAAACAUAGAAACAUUCGUAAUCCGUGUAUCAUUCGUUCUUUCCAUUUUCAAUUGGCAAUCAAAAAUCAAAACAUGAAAAAGUGACAGGUUAUUUUGUUAUUUGUUUUUUAUUAUAAUAAUAUGGAAAAACGUCUGGUUUUUCUUAUUUCAAUUUUAGGCACAGAUCAAAAAACGAAAUAGAAAAACGGGCCACAGGACUGAAUUUGAUUUUAAUAUUUAAUUGGUCGGGUUUAAAAAAAUAAUCCUUAAUCUGUUGUUCCAGCGCCACCAGGGUAGCCAUGGUUACCCGAACUGCCGCGUACCAUGGAUGUAGAACCGCCGGGUCACGUAAACUCGACCAAUUAAAUAUUAAAAUCAAAUUCAGUCCUGUAGCCCGUUUUUUUAUUUCGUUUUUUGAUCUGUGCCUAAAAUUGAAAUAUGAAAAACCAGACGUUUUUCCGUUUUUUGUGUUAUAAUAAAAAACAAAUAACAAAAUAACCAGUCACUUUUUCAUGUUUUGAUUUUUGAUUGCCAAUUGAAAAUGGAAAGAACGAAUGAUACACGGAUUAUUCGUAAUUAUUGGUUUUGCUAAUGUGCAAAACACGUGAACAGAUGACUGACGGCUCUAACAGCAGCUCAGGUUUGACAAAAAUCAGAAAGUGAACCGUCACAAUGUUUGUUUUUUUAUUUCCAUCUGCUCUGUGCUUUGUAAUUACGCCACUAGCUGAAUGUAUCAUAGUUUUUGUGUAAUCUACUAAAGGACCUUCAGAGCAUCUCUCUUACGCGACACAGCAGGAUGACUGGUGUGCUCCAGGUGGUGGAUGUCAUGCGCUUCAGCAACGAGGACGUUAAAAUGUCAGCGCUUGUUAGGGCUAAAAUGUAUUUCAGUGGCUGGAAGUGAAAUAUGAAGGCCAGAAAACUGGUUUGAAGUUAGUUUAUAGCAGUUGGAGAGAUGCAUCCUUUUCCAAACACUAGCAAGUCCGCAGAUGGUGAAAGUGUAAUAUAACUCGAGCUCAUCGUCUGAACCUGCUUUCAUUAUGUUCACAGGUGAAAUCGUUAUACUGCUCUUUGUCUAAAAGCUGUUUUAAUGCUUUGUAAAGAUGAAGGUGUUUCAAAUAGUAGUCUUUUUCAGACCCAAGACAAACAAGGUGAAAGUUUUAUGGCCAGUUGUUUGAAGGAAAUGUGGGCAGAAGAGAGGAGAGUUAAACAGUAGGGGGCCUCGUUCUUGCUGCGGCACGCUCAACUUCCAACAGCAGAAACUGAUUACACCAAAUUUUAAGAGAAAAAGAAGAAGGGACUUAUAAAAAGUAAUGCCAGAACUUUUUUAUUUUAAAUUUAGUUGAUCUUUCUGUUGUCUGGGAUCAUUGUGCCUUUAUGAAAUUGGUUACAUGGAAUGUUUAAACCUUUCAAAUAUAAAAUGUACGGGGUCCAUCGAGGACUGUUUUUUUUUUUUAAUCGACACAUAUAAAGAUUACAAACUAAAUAACUGUAACAUAAUCACUAAAUAAUCAUUUGAGGAAAUUUCUUUGAAGAAGCAGAUUUGAAAAUUAAAUCACCAUAAAAAGUGUUUGAAGCAGCCGCCGGUUUAUCUUAGCUUAAAGUCGAGAAUAAGGCGGAAACUGCGACUUCUAGAGCUCUUUAUUAAAUCUCAUUGGUUUAAUGAGUAUAAAGACUAAGUGUUGAUUACUCGUUUAUAGUCUGCACAAGUAAAUUAAGUAGAGUCUGCCCUGGUUGCUAAGCAACUCGUCGUUGUCAAGAAAUAAUCAGACCUUCCUUUACAAAAGCAUCUGGAAAGUUUUAUUGGUCUUCUCAUUCAUUCAAAAGCGACUGAUGGAUCACCUAAUAUGCCAAAUGCUAUAAAAAUAUGAAGGUUCUUUUUUUAAAGCCUGUUGUUGCAGAUUUACAAACAUGUAAUGUUACAUUCUUACUCGCUUGUGGAAUAUGUGUUGGGGAUAAGUACAAAAAUGUUGCAUAAUUUGGUUUUCUGCUGAACAGUUUGCAGCUCUGCUCAGUAAAAGGUUGUAAUUCAGUGAACACAUUUACCUCAUAAAUCUGCAUCAAUAAUCCACUGUGGUUCCCUGCUAAUGUCAAUUUUCUUUUUGUAUUAAUUUUUUAAAUAAUUGACGAAAAGCUAAUAAUCAGAGGCUUUGCAGUGAAAGCGUUGGCCAAUGAGCUGUAGACUUUGAAGUACGUGUUUUAUUUUUACUUUUAAUCAGUGAUUCAUGUAUUUUCUUACUGUUUUUACCCACAAGCCAAUAGACUCAAGCCUCCUCAUAAAACUGCCUUCAUUUUUUUUCUUGCCAGCAUUAUCAAUGAAGACUUUUGAACCACUAUUUUUUCGCUAUGCAUUUUAUAUUGAAAACAUCUUUGAGGUUCUGUUUUUUUUAGCUUUGAUGCAUGAUGUGUUAGUUCUGUUUCUUAUUCUACACAGUGUUGUUUUAUAAAAGUGUUUCUUGAGGCCAUAAUUGUAUUUUCUAUGAACAUUUUGUAUUACAUGUUUAUACUUUUAGUAGACUUGU